AUGUACCCAACACGAGUUGUUAAUGCUAUGCAUAAACACGUUCCACUUAUUAAAUUUCUUGGACCAAGAAGUAAAUUUCACAAAGGAGAAACCGUUGAUGCGGUUCCAAAACUACAUCCGGCAGCGCCAAAAUGGACCGAUACUUCAUUUUUCUCUGUGACAGAAUCACAAAAACAUUCAAGUAAUAGCUUUAGAUCUAAAUCAAUUUCAAUGGAUUAUUCACAAUUACCCGAAAAAUAUAAAAGAAAAGGACCUUCGCAUGAGGAAAUAGAAGUGAUCGAACUUGGCGGAGCUGAUCAUGUAAUUCGGUAUAAAGAUGUUCCUCAGACUCAAGUAAUCCUUCAUGAAGAUAAAAAAUAUUACCCAAGUGCAGAAGAAGUUUAUGGACCAGAAGUUGAGACAUUGGUUCAGGAAGAGGAUACACAACCUUUAUCCGAACCAAUUAUUCAACCUAUAAAAAUUAAAAAGUUUCAAGUUCAAGAAAAAGACCUUCCAGAAACUAGAUAUAAAAAAGAGUUUUUGAUGGAUAUGAUGAAUUUUCCCGAGUUGAUCCGGAAUAUUGCCAUUGUCGGUCAUUUACAUCACGGAAAAACGUCAUUCGUUGACAUGUUGGUCAAUGAAACACAUUCAUCAGUUGCCUGGGAUGUUGAUAGACAGGAACGUUACACGGACACGCAUACUUUAGAAAGAGACAGAGGUGUAAGUAUUAAAAGUAUGCCAAUGACUGUUAUAUUACAAAAUUCAAAUAGUAAAUCAUAUUUAUUUAGCAUUCUAGAUACUCCUGGUCACGUGGAUUUUGUUGAUGAAGUUACAGCGGCGCUUCGUUUAUCUGACGGUGCGGUUAUUGUUGUAGACUCAAUUGAAGGGGUUAUGGCUAAUACAGAGCGCCUGAUCAAACACGUUAUACAAGAAAAUUUGUCAUUUACUCUUGUGGUCAAUAAAGUGGAUAGGUUAAUAUUAGAAUUAAAGUUACCACCCAAUGAUGCAUAUUAUAAAUUAAGACAUACUAUAGAAGAGGUGAAUACGAUUAUCAGUCAGUAUGCCUCCGGACAGGAUCUUCGAGUCUCUCCUGAGCGCGGGAAUGUUUGUUUCGCGUCAAGCCAAAUGGGGUGGUGCUUUACCUUGAAAUCAUUUGCUAAACUUUAUGCCGACACUUACAGUGAUUUAAAUGCCGACGAUUUCGCAAAGCGUUUGUGGGGAGAUAUAUAUUUUAAUCCUACAGAAAGAACAUUCAGCAGAAAAUCUUUCGAAAGCAAAAGUAAACGAUCAUUUGUACAUUUCAUUUUAGAUCCGUUAUAUAAAAUUUAUGCGCAGGUGAUUGGUGAAAAUGAAGAUACGUUGAAACGAACAUUAGCUUCAUUAGGUAUCUUUUUGAAAGCUUCACAUUUUCAAUUGGAUGUAAAGCCUUUGUUACGUAUAGUUUUGGACCAAUUUUUUGGUCCGUCAACUGGUUUUGUGGACAUGGUAGUACAGCACAUUCCAUCACCAGAGAAAAAUGCUACUAAUAAGGUGGAACAUGCUUACACUGGUCCUAUGAAUACGAAUGUUGCAAAAGCAAUGUAUAAGUGUGAUUCAGAUGGUCCAUUGAUGGUCUAUGUUACAAAACUAUAUAAUUCUUCGGACGCAUCAACAUUUGACGCUUUCGGUAGAAUUUUAAGUGGCACAGUCAGAAAAGGUCAAUCUGUAAGGGUGCUCGGUGAAGGAUAUUCAAUCGAUGAUGAGGAAGAUAUGACCUUACAAGAAGUUACGAACGUAUGGAUAUUUGAAUCUAGAUAUAGAAUUGAAGUUGAGGGAGUUCCCGCAGGAAAUUGGGUAUUUCUAGGAGGUGUGGAUAAUUCGAUAGUAAAAACAGCUACUAUCACAAAUAAAGACGUAGACGAGGAUUUAUAUAUUUUCCGACCUUUGUCUUUCGUAACUACCGCUGUCCUUAAAGUUGCCGUUGAACCUGUUAAUCCUUCCGAAUUACCAAAAAUGUUGGAUGGAUUAAGAAAAAUUAAUAAAAGUUAUCCUAUUUUAGUAACUAAGGUUGAAGAGUCUGGAGAACAUAUAAUUCUUGGUACGGGCGAAUUAUACUUAGAUUGCGUACUACAUGACCUUCGACGAAUGUAUGCAGAAAUUGAAUUAAAAGUUUCGGACCCUGUUGUCCGAUUUUGUGAAACUGUCGUUGAAACAUCCGCCCUAAAAUGUUUUGCUGAAACACCAAAUAAAAAGAAUAAAUUGACGAUGAUAGCUGAGCCAUUAGAGAAGGGUAUUGCUGAAGAUAUUGAGGCUGGAAAAGUAAGCAUCAAAUGGUCAACCAAGGACAUUGCAAAAUUUUUUGAAGAUAAAUACUCCUGGGAUUUAUUGGCGGCACGUUCAAUAUGGGCCUUUGGUCCCGACGAAAAUGGACCAAACAUUUUAAUGGAUGAUACUUUGCCGACGGAAGUAGAUAAAAAAUUACUUACCUCCGUUAGAGAUUCGAUACGACAAGGUUUUCAAUGGGGUACUCGUGAAGGACCUCUUUGUGAUGAACCCAUACGUAAUGUUAAGUUCAGAAUAUUGGAUGCCGUUCUAGCACCGGAGCCAAUAUAUCGUGGAGGUGGGCAGAUAAUUCCAACCGCUAGACGUGUUUCUUAUUCCGCAUUCUUGACGGCAACUCCAAGAUUAAUGGAACCGGUAUAUUAUGUUGAGAUUCAAGCACCAGCCGAUUAUAUACCAAAAGCCGGUUCUCCAUUAUAUACCGUCAAAGCGUAUAUUCCAGUAAUAGAGGCUAAUGGAUUCGAAACAGAUAUGCGAACUCAUACUCAAGGACAGGCAUUUUGUCAACAAAUGUUUGAUCAUUGGCAGAUCAUUCCUGGUGACCCAUUGGACAAGAGUAUAGUUCUUCGACCUUUGGAGCCAAGUCCUGCACAACAUUUGGCGAGAGAUUUUAUGGUCAAAACGCGUAGACGUAAGGGAUUGUCCGAAGACGUAUCAGUCAAUAAGUUUUUCGAUGAUCCAUUACUUUUGGCCGUGGCACAAUCAGACAUUUUACCUAAUAUUUUGUAA